CGCCGGGUCUUGUGGGGUGGCUGGUGGUGGCCUGGCUGAGGGGCGUCAGGCAGUUAUCUCCCUAGUUCUGCAGAGGUCAUCAGGGUGAUGAGCUCUACAAGGUGCCAUAGCAGUACUCAAGUUACCAUCCACUGGGUUCCUUCACUCUCUGCGAGCCCAUGGCUUCGCACAGUUUUAGAUCCUCACCUUCCUCCCUUUUUCUGCUCAGGCCUGGCCAUUGAUGUCCCUGGCCAUGGGAAGGUGGUGGUUGACAUUGGCUACGGUGGCACUUUCUAUGCCUUCCUCAGUGCCGAGCAGCUGGGCCUUGAUGUGUGCUCUUCAAAGACCAGAGACCUUGUCAGUGCAGCGAGUGCAGUGACAGAAGCCGUGAAGAAACAGUUCAAGCUUCAUCACCCUGAGAGUGAAGACCUGGCUUUCCUCUAUGGCACCAUACUGACAGAUGGGAAAGAUGCCUUUAGUGAGGAGCCCACCACCAACAUCUGUGUGUUUGCAGAUGAACAGGUUGACCGAAGUCCGACAGGUUCGGGGGUGACAGCUCGCAUUGCCUUGCAGUACCAUAAGGGACUCAUCCAGCUGGACCAGAGCAGAACCUUCCGGAGCAGCACCACGGGCUCCUUGUUCACUGGGAAGGCAGUGAAGGAAGCCAAGUUUGGGAACUACAACGCUGUCAUUGUGGAAGUCUCAGGAGAAGCCUUUUAUACUGGUACAGCCACCUUCACUGUCGAAGAGGAGGACCCACUGAAACACGGCUUCUUCUUCAAGUGACCCGAGCCAUGGAUGGUGCCAAAGUCUCACUGAUGGUGCUGCACUUCUCCUGCCUAUAAACUUCUGUUUGCUUCCCCACACAUUGGAACAGGAACAGCCUUGGGUGGUGUGACAGCAUUUGUCACAUUUCAGGAUAACAGGCUUGUUGCCCUGUUGUGAUUAGCAUAUUGGGUGCACUAUGAUUAGCAUAUACAAGCUGCUCUGAGAAGCUGUAGUAGUUUUCUUCUUUUUCUUCCCAAUAAUUCGCAGAAAACGGAGCUGAUCUUGGGAGAGCUGCCUUCAAAAUUAUGUGCCUUCUCUGUGUCUGCAAAUUAUGAAUUUCAAAAUUAGGUUUCUAUUAAAUGCCAACUGAAAACUC